AUGAACGAGCCGAAGCGCCAGCGCGCCUCCGCCUCCGAAGCGAGCCGCGGCCCGCUCGUCGUGGCCAUCACAGGGGCGUCCUGCUCGGGCAAGACGACCCUCGCGAGGCAACUCGUGCAGCGGCUCGCGAGAACUGUGAGCGUUGAGCACGUCGAGCAGGACAAUCACCGGCGGCGCUCAUCCCACAACCGGCUGCCGGAUGGGCGGAAGACGUGGGAGGGCCCUCAGUUCACCGACUUUGCAAAGCUGCACGCAUCGCUGCUCGACGCCCGCUCGUGCUGCGCAUGCGUCGUGGUCGACGGCUACUUGCUUCUCGACUGUUUGCCGGAGACGCGGCAGCUGUUUGAUCACAUCCUGUGGGUCGAAUGCAGCAAGGAGCUCGUGGCGACACGCCGCCAAGCUCGCAAGAACGGCAGGGGUGACUUCCCAACGCAGUGCUACAGGGACGCGCGGGAGUACGUCGAGGCGGCAGUGUGGCCGGCACACGAGGCCUACGUUUCUCGCGUCGAGGGCAUGUCGGCGUGCGAGAGGCUGCCCGCGGGCGAGGGCGAGGACCAGCGGCUGCAGCGUGCGCUGCGUCUCUUUGACGGCUGGCUGGGGGAGCGGAGCCACGCCGCGGCUCCCAGCGGCGGCGGCGGCGUCAGAGCUCGCGGCGCGCGGCAGUACAUCGAGUGCCCUUACAAACACAAAGAGGCGGCCAAGGCACUCGGCGCCAGGUGGGACGCCGGCCAGAAGAGGUGGUACGCACCGAGCGACCUCGGCCCGGCGCAGCGGGAAGCCCUUCUCGCGGCAGCCCGGCGAGGGUGGGCGAGGGUUGGCGGAGGCGGAGGCGGAGGCAGCGGAGGCGGCAGCGGAGGCAGCGGCAGCGGCAGCGGCGGCAACGGAGGCAGCGGAGGCAGCGGCGGAGGCGGAGGCAGCGGGGGCAGCGGGGGCAGCGGCGGCGGCGGCGGCGGCGGCGGCGGCGGCGGCGGCGGCGGCGGCGGCGGCGGCGGCGGCGGCGGCGGCGGCGGCGGCGGCGGCGGCGGCGGCGGCGUGGCGGCGCUCUCGCCCGAGCAGCGGCCCUCUGCGCUGGACCUCGCCGUGCGCGCGCAGGCGCAGGCGCGCAGCGGCUACGCGCACGCGCUGGCCGAGAUCCAGGCGGGCCGCAAGCGGUCCUGUUGGAUCUGGUGGAUCUGGCCCGCCUACUCCAAGGUGCGGACGACAGGAAAGCCGGAGUAUUCGCUGCACGAUGCUGGGGCGGCACUCGCGUGGCUCCACCACCCGACGCUGGGACCGCGGCUGCUCGAGAUCACCCGGGCGGCAGUGCACCUCCUCGAGAAGGGCGCUCCCAGCACGACCGUCUUCGGUUCGGCCGUCGACGCGGAUAAGUUCCACGAGUCGGUCUCCCUCUUUGCCGUCGCCUCUGGUGGGCACCCGGCCGCGCACGCAGAGGGAAACGCGCUGUGUCUGGCCGCGCUGCGCGCCCUCGGGCGGCCGAUACACGCGGAGACGGCACGGCACGCGGCGGCCGGGCCCUUGGCCGCCGUUCCGCCAUGA